AGAAACUUGAACAAUGUAAAAUUGAGAUGACAGUCUUUAAGUAAUAUUUGUUUACAGAUUUUUAGUCGUUGAGAUAGUUUAAUUACAAUCGAGAAUUUAGAUUAUUUAGAAUAUCCAGAUUUUGGCCAAUUUUCAUAACAAGUUGAUCGGUAUUCCAUGUUAUCUGUAAUUACAUGUUGACCAAUAUAAGUGUAAUUGAAUAGGUAAAUUUACCUCCAACACUAGAUUGAAUUGCUUUGGCGGAUAAUGGCUCAGCCGGAAUGUGAAUUAGAUUUUGUUUAUGCUGAUUGUGAUACUCAUGCCAAUGAAAUUGCUGAGCUGUACUCUUAUACUGAAUCAUGUGAAUUUGAGUUGAACAAAACUAGCUUUGAAGAUCUGUGCGAUGAAUGGAAUGUCAAAAAAUCUUGGUCAUCAAUGGAUUCCAAUGAGAAAAAUUGGUUUGUUGAAAGACUUUGUGAAACCGUUGAACUUGGUAAAAAGGAACUGAGAUUCAAAGGAUUGCAAGCUCUGUUAUAUUUGGCUCAAGGUGUUUUCAAUGAAUGCUGGUCCAUCGAAGAACAGCAAAGUUAUUCAAAAGAAAAUGUUUUCCGGAUUUACGAGAAAGGACUUUUUCCAACUCUCAUUCAACUUCUAAUGAUGGAAGUUGAGACAAGUUUGAAUUCUCCGGAUGCUCGUCGUCCUCCAUCCAACAAAAACGAUUCUACUGAUUUAAGAAUAAUUUUAAACAUAAUCUACACCAUAGUCGAAGUUUUCAACAGCAUAAAUGACCAAGCAACGAAUGAAGAAAAAAAACUUCAAGAGCAAUUUAAGGAAGAGUUAACGCAACCCAUAUCAACCACGAAUGAGCUUUUAGCUUUAACAUUAUUUCAAAUGACUACAAAAUUUUGUAAUGGAUCUGCACCUCACUUUCCAAUCAAAAAAAUUUUACUACUUCUCUGGAAAACAAUAUUAAUUACUUUAGGUGGUAGUGAAGAGCUUAAGAAUCUCAAAAAUUAUUAUAGAUCUCGUGUUGGCCUUCCACCAGCUCCAGAUGAUACCUUAGAAAUCACUCGAACAAUGAGAGCAGCUUCACCUCCCGUAGCCGCAAGUGAAACUUUCGAUGUUCAACUUCGUAAAAUUAAAUUGAACAAGCGAAGAAUGAUCAGCAAACAAGAAUCGUUGAUGGCUGAUGAUAUGAUGAAUGAUAUGGAAGAAACAGGCGAGACAAAUGGCGAAGUUGAACAAGCAGCCGAAGCAUCAGAAUCAAGCGAGGUCGAACGAACGGAGGAAAUGAAUGAUAAAAAUUCUGAAGAAAAAGUAGACAUUGGUUAUGUUCCUGCAUCUCCUCGACCGUCAACUCCAGUAAACAAGGCAGAUGAAGAUGCUGAAGCUGAUUGCGAAGUUCAAAGUAUUAGCAAAGGUUUGCCUUGGAUGCCCAAAGUUAGGCAUAAGGAUAUUGAUGCAUUUCUCGAACAAGCUCGUAUCAAAUUCAUUGGUUUCAACAUACCACAAAAUCGUACAACAAUAGCAGGUCUUCCUGAUCCAAUAUUAGAAGGAUUAAGAACUUUACAAAAACAUUUAUACAUUUCAUUAUCUGAACUUCAGAUUCAGAGGGAAGAAGAAAUGGCUAAAUAUCCCUUGACUCUUGAGGAAUUGGAUACUAAACCAUUAUCAUCACCAGCUGAAUCUCUCUACGAGAAUAUGCUACCAAGCUUACCUCAAUAUAUGAUCGCCUUACUUAAAAUACUUUUAGCUGCUGCACCAACCUCAAAAGCUAAAACGGAGUCAGUUAAUAUAAUGUGUGAAGUUUUACCUGAAAAUAUGCCAAUGACUGUUGUCCAAUCCAUGAAAUUUGGUACUGAUAUCAAUAGACAUAAAGAAAUUAUCAUCAAAGCUGUUUCUGCCAUUUUGAUUCUUCUUCUCAAACAUUUUAAAAUUAACAAUAUUUACCAAUUUGAAAAUGUCAGCCAACAGUUGAUGUUUGCAAAUUGUAUACCAUUAAUAUUGAAAUUUUUCAAUCAAAAUAUCUUCCAAUAUAUAAUUUCACGCAAUAACAUUGCCCUGAUUGAUUUUCCUGCUUGUGUUAUCGGUGUUCAACCCGAAAUAACAGCAGAAUUAUUAGAAAUGAGUGUUAAAGAACAACCUUAUCCAUGGCGAAAUAUAUUCUCAUGCAUCAAUAUGGUCCGUAUACUCAAUAAACUGACAAAGUGGAAGAUGUCACGAAUAAUGAUGUUAGUAGUCUUCAAAUCUGCACCCAUUCUUAAAAGAGCCCUUCGAGUCAGACAUGCAAUGUUUCAAUUGUACGUUUUAAAAUUGCUCAAGAUGCAAGCAAAAUAUUUGGGACGCCAAUGGAGGAAAUCAAAUAUGAAAACAUUGAGUGCUAUUUAUCAAAUGGUUAGACAUCGAUUAACAGACGAUUGGGCUUUUGGCAAUGACAUGGAAACAAGACCAUGGGAUUUUCAAGGAGAAGAAUUCAGUUUACAGGCCAAUAUAUCUCGAUUUCACUGUCGACGAUACAAUACAUCUCAGUCAUUACCCGGUAUCCCUUCACAUUUACCAAACCAACAAACAGGAAACCAUUCAAUCAACUCUAUGAAUGGUCACAAUUCUUGUAAUAAUCCUCUCAACGAUAACUAUUCAUAUGCAGCGCAAAUGGAUAUAUUUAAACCAGUAGACAAUAAUUACGCAAGUGUUUUAAGCAAACAAUUCCAGUUAACCGAAGAAUUCAAAAACAAUUACGAGUUAUGGCUUCAAAGGGAAGUUUUUCAGUUCAACAUUGACUGGGAUCUUUUGCUGGAGCAAACAAAUACAUCAAAUAUGUGAUCAACAAAAAGGUCCUUUUUUGUUAAUAGUUUACACUGUUUAUUCAUUAACCAUCGACUAUCUAUCAGCAAAUUUAAAAAAAUUGUCACCCAAACAACCAUUUAAAUACUUUCAAUUAAAGUUCAAUGAGACACUUUUUUGGACAAGAAAA